AUGUCUGGUGCGGAUUCCGCACCGGGGGUCGCACCCCGCGAUCCCAUCACUACUAAUAAUUCUUCUGCCCCUCCUGGCCAGACCUUGACCGGGAAACAAGAGCAUUAUCUCAAACGAGAGCUUAUAUCUGAACAAGUCAACUGGGAGAUUUCCGAAUUGAACUCCCCAACCGCGCUUCGUAGAUUCGGUGCGCCCUUCAAGUCAAACUUUGGUGAAGUAUCACCCUAUGAUUCUGAGCUUCCUCUUCUACGUUACAUAUUCGUACAUCAUAUACGGGAGUUCCCAUUCCUAGAUAAGGCGAAGGAGAAGGAGUUUUGGCAGGACAAAUUACAAGUGUUCCUCGAAUCGUUUGCUAGCAAAAAUAUCUCAUCCUCGGAGGACCGCUUAGAAGAGACCAAACGCCGCAAACUAGCUUUGAAAUGUCGCAAGUUAGUCGAACUCAUGAUGGUGUCGGGGGUCCCUACGGCCUCCGGCUUCGAGGAGCGGAUAAGAUUCGCAGAGAUGGAGAUCGUCGAUCGCGAUGCGAUUGAUACUGGAAUGUUAAAUUCUAUGCCAGAAGGAAACUACGUAAAUGGAUGGGACGUCAAUGUCGCUGGAGUGCGCAUUACUCUUGUAAAGAGAAACAUCAGGCGCCAUAAACAUGCUGAAUUCUUAUUACGCGUUAAACGAAAGGGCGAGCUUGAACACUACAUCGGCAGACGUUACGGCGAUUUCGCCCGACUACAUAAACAGCUUAGGACAGAACUCCCUGGCAAAGUCCUCCCCCCGUUGCCGAAGAAGAACAAAUCAGAUACAUCUGCAUCAGGUUUAAUGUCGCGCAUGACAGAUGGUUCUUACGAUUCUGACCUUUCGUCAAUCUCAUCUGUUUCAACCAAUGCCCCUGGAGCUCGAGGUAAUGGGUUUAGGGAUUCGAUGAACUUGACCGUUCGAGAUCACCGUCGAAAUCGAUCGAUAGCUUCUGGUCGGACAUCACCACGCCCAUCCAUGGAUGGCACAGCGAGCCCCAUUCAAAGUCCUAGGAGUCCCAAAUUCGAUAAUACGAUCCUUUGGCGUGAGGACCAGCGUAUAUCGCUAAGAGCUUACUUACGAUAUCUACUGCAUAACCCACAAAUUGCGCAGACAAAGGCCUUGCAACAGUUUCUAACACAUGAUUCGAUCACGCCAACUGACGCAGACGUUGAGGACAUCAUCCGGCGCAAGGCUGUUGACGAGAAGCGUGUGGAAGAACAGAAGCAAUUCUACGAAAUAGCAAGGAAGAGAGCUGCUGAGUUAGAUGUGUACAUGGAGCGGUUCCGACAAGACAUCGUCGAGCACAAUGGGUUAACAAUGCUUCUUCAAGAGAUCAAAGAUAAGGAUACCAUUCAAGAUUUAAGUCUUCAAUACCAGAAGUUUGCCGAAUGGCUCCGCAUCGAAGUGGCCGCUACCAUUUACCAUCUAUUUCUCGCCGAGGACAAUUCACCGGAACUGUUUGCGCAGCUCAAGCGAAUUCAUUCCCUAAUACCAUACUCGGUCAUAAAAAAUGUAAUUCGUCUUGCCAAUCCAGCUGUCGUGAUGUCGGCAGCACUUGACGUAUUUUUGGCACAACCAUUUGGAUCUCGCUCUCUGAUGCAACGUAUCUUCUCGUUAACUUUGAACGACGGGAUACGGAGCCAGCAGAAAUUGAUCGACGCUCUGGCUGCUAAGAUAGGAGACGAGGUAUUCGUAGAGAAGCUGACACGAUUCAUUCAUGCCGAGGAGAAAAUCAAAGUCUCAAUCCGAGAGGAAGCUGAAUCUGAGGGUGUCGAUCUUCUCGUGGCUAUCUUACGCUCUGAGUUCUUCUCACCAGCGCUUACAGCCGAUCAAAUUGGAAAGCUGUACAAUGCAUAUGUCGCUUUCAACAACGCAGUGGAGAAUGUCGACGAGGAAUUCAAGCAAGGAGCUCAACUUUUCUCAUACCUGAAGCAGUUGAUGAAGCUUCAAACUAGACAACGCGAUAAGCAAAUGAUGCUUCACCUGAUCGAGGAGCCUGUUACUCUACAGUUACUUCGAGAUCUCUUCACAAUCUUCUACGAACCUCUCGUGAGAGUUUAUAAGUCGGCCAAUGUGUAUAACAGCAUCACUGACUUUGCCGUUUUCAUCGAUGACAUGAUUCAGGUCGUCGACAAAUGCAGAGAUCAGGAUGCUUCGGCCGAUCCAAAUCAGACCGUGCAAGCGUUUAUUGAUCUAUGUCAACGCCAUGAGCACAACUUCUAUAAAUUUGUCCACGAGGUCCAUACACAUGACAACGGUCUCUUCACACAACUUAUGGGUUGGAUCGAAGGCAUCCUAGAGUUCCUAAGAAAGGGACCAGCAGGAGGAGCGCUGGACAUCAACGCUCUCUUCGAGGGGGGCGUCGCGAGCAACAACCUAGACAAACAGAAAGCGAUCGAUGAGAUCAACCAGCUCAUUUCCUGGCAAGAAGCCCGCAAGAAAUGGCAUCACGACAAAACUAGACAGAAGAUGGCCGCCGAGGGUUCUGCCAGCGAUUCCGGUAUGCCGGGUAUGACCAGUUUCCAAGCCAGCGAUUUUGGACUUAACAAUAUGGAUCUAGAAGACAUGACUUAUGAUGAUGGAUCUGAUGACGAAGCCGAGGCUGAGAUCGAGGACGAAUUGGACCCUAUCGAUGCCGAAAGACGAAGGAGGGCGAAGAGACAAGAUCGCCUCAAGGCUCGCGCCGGAGAACCUCAGAAACCAGUAGUCAGCGAGGUCCACAACCUAAAAGAAAACUUCAUCGAGAUGCUACGACAAUUCUCUCGGGCGGCAAGGUACCAAACAAGAACCUUCUCUUCCACGCGACCUGUCUCACGAAUAAUCGCGAAUAACCCACUGCGAGCUAAGGAAGCACCGGUACAUGUUAGCAACAAAUACGCAGUUAUCGACCACGAAUAUGAUGCAAUCGUCGUCGGCGCAGGCGGUUCUGGAUUGCGCGCUGCAUUCGGCCUUGCGGAAGCCGGUUUCAACACAGCUUGUAUAUCGAAGCUCUUUCCCACACGAAGUCAUACAGUCGCCGCCCAAGGUGGUAUCAACGCGGCUCUAGGAAACAUGCACGAGGAUGACUGGCGGUGGCACAUGUAUGAUACUGUGAAGGGUUCGGAUUGGCUCGGCGACCAAGAUGCUAUCCAUUACAUGACGAGAGAGGCUCCUGCGUCAAUUAUCGAGCUCGAGAACUAUGGUUGCCCGUUCUCCAGAACAGAGGAUGGUAGAAUUUACCAGCGUGCGUUUGGUGGACAGUCGCAGAAGUUUGGAAAGGGUGGUCAAGCAUACCGUUGUUGCGCUGCCGCUGACCGAACGGGCCACGCUCUUCUUCACACCCUAUACGGCCAAUCCCUUCGUCACAGCACCAACUACUUCAUCGAGUUCUUUGCCCUCGACCUGAUUAUGGAAGAUGGAGAAUGCCGUGGUGUACUAGCUUACAACCAGGAAGAUGGUACACUCCACAGAUUCCUUGCGCAGAACACCGUUUUGGCCACUGGUGGAUACGGCCGAGCCUACUUUAGUUGUACUUCGGCACAUACUUGUACUGGCGAUGGUAUGGCUAUGGUUGCUCGUGCUGGUCUUCCCAACCAGGAUCUCGAAUUCGUCCAAUUCCACCCUACCGGUAUUUACGGAGCUGGCUGUCUGAUCACAGAGGGCUCUCGUGGUGAGGGUGGUUAUCUUCUCAACUCCGAGGGUGAGCGAUUUAUGGAACGAUAUGCGCCUACCGCAAAGGAUCUGGCCAGUCGUGACGUCGUUUCGCGAUCCAUGACCUUGGAAAUUCGUGAGGGACGUGGUGUUGGUGCUGAGAAGGAUCAUAUCUUCCUUCAGUUAAGUCACUUGCCCGCCGAAAUUCUUGCUGAGCGUCUACCUGGUAUCUCCGAGACCGCUGCCAUCUUUGCGGGUGUUGAUGUUCGCAAGCAACCCAUUCCAGUCUUACCUACCGUUCACUACAACAUGGGUGGUAUCCCAACGAGAUACACUGGUGAGGUCCUCACGGUUGACGAAGCUGGAAACGACAAGGUUGUCCCCGGCCUGUUCGCUUGCGGUGAAGCUGCCUGUGUCUCCGUUCACGGUGCUAACCGACUUGGUGCCAACUCUCUGCUCGAUCUUGUCGUAUUCGGACGAGCCGUUUCCCACACUAUCCGAGAUAAAUUCACUCCUGGUGCUAAGACUAAGCCUGUCAGCGCCGAUGCUGGUGCCGAUUCAAUCGAAGUCUUAGACAAGGUCCGCAACUCUGACGGCCCUAAGAGCACAGCUGAAAUCCGACUUGCCAUGCAAAAGGCCAUGCAAACAGACGUAAGCGUCUUCCGAACCCAAGAAAGCUUGGACGAGGGUGUCAGACGAGUUACGGAGAUCGAUCAAACAUACUCUCAGGUUGGAAUGAAGGAUCGCAGCAUGAUCUGGAACUCGGAUCUAGUCGAGACACUCGAGUUGAGGAACUUGCUCACUUGCGCUGUUCAAACCGCCACUUCUGCUGCUAACCGAAAGGAGUCGCGUGGCGCUCACGCUCGCGAAGAUUACCCCGACCGAGACGAUGAGCACUGGAUGAAGCACACCCUAUCCUUCCAGAAGCAGCCCCACGGCAAGGUUGAGCUCGGAUACCGACGAGUUAUCGGCACAACAUUGGAUGAGAACGAAUGCAAGGCUGUCCCACCGUUCAAGAGAACUUACUAA